AAAGUCAAAUCAAGUUUUGAAAACAUGGCAUCCGCUUUACUGGGACGGGUGUCAUCAAUAUCUAAAACUGCUUUAGCCUUGCCGUUGAAGGGUCUUGUCUACAGACGGUUGUUCAGCAGUGGGACCAGGGCAUUGAGUGAGACUGGACCCCCCCAGGCUAAAUUCUUUCCUGCAAAUGAGGGAUCAAUGCUGCUCCCUGGGACUUACAAAGGCAAAGUGGCCUUUAUCACAGGAGGAGGAACGGGGCUGGGAAAAGGCAUGACCACAACACUGUCAGCACUAGGGGCAGAGUGUGUCAUCGCUAGCAGAAAACUGGACGUUUUGAAAAAGACUGCAGAGGAAAUUACAGCCCAGACAGGAAAUAAGGUCCAUGCUGUGCAGUGUGAUGUGAGAGACCCCAAGGCAAUUGAAGCUGCUGUGGACCAACUGGUCGAGGUUGCUGGUCUCCCUGAUGUGGUGAUCAACAACGCUGCAGGGAACUUCAUCUCCCCCUCAGAGAAGCUGUCUGCCAACGCAUGGAGGACCAUCACAGACAUUGUCCUGAACGGCACGGCCUUUGUCACCCUGGAGCUGGGCAAGAGGCUGAUACUGGCCGAGAAGGGUGCUGCGUUUCUGGCCAUCACCACUAUCUACGCAGAGACCGGCUCUGGAUUCGUUGUGCCCAGCGCGGCUGCCAAGUCAGGAGUGGAAACUCUGUGCACGUCUCUGGCUGCGGAGUGGGGGAGGUAUGGCUUGAGGUUUAAUGUCAUCCAGCCAGGACCAAUCAGAACCAAGGGGGCCUUCAGUCGUCUCGAUCCCACGGGCAUGUUUGAGAAGACCAUGAUCGGCAGGAUACCCGUGGGCAGGCUGGGCACGCCCGGAGAGAUUGCCAACCUGGCAGCCUACCUGUGCAGUGACUACGCCAGUUGGGUGUCUGGAGCGAUCAUUCGAAUGGACGGUGGAGAGUAUGUCUCCAUGGCAGGAGAAUUCAAUGAUCUGAGGAGGGUCACUAAGGAGCAGUGGGCUAUGAUGGAGACCAUGAUCAGGGGCACCAAGGGAUCCUAAGAAGUCAAGAUGGGAUGAUACUAACUCUACCACAGUUAAUGCUCCAGGGAAACAUAGACACAAAGAUACUGUACACACAUACAAUCUUUCCCUCGGUUUCUGACCUAGAACAGAGAUUAUACCAUGUCAGGGAAUAUGGUUACAGGAUCGACACACACACAGCCUUCUCUGCAAACACACACUCUCACCCACUCUCACUUAACCUCAAGCCUUAUGUCUCAAUGCCUAAUGAACAAAUAGACAGCAUGGUGACAGUAGGACAGCGUUUAAGGAGAAAAUGGCUUUAUCAGGAGGCCAACUAUUUAGAGGAGGUUUGAGAGAGAGAACCUUUUAGUUCUCACUGUGUCUGAGAUUCUACUGGCUACAGCACUUCCUGGAUGAAACUGGCUUCUCAUUGGUUGAAAAGCUUGUCCGUUCCUACGAUUGGCUUGGUAUUUUGCCAGUAACAUUUAUCAUUUGUUUUUACGAUUCCUUGAAAAUAAUGAAUUCUGUUCUUUAAAAAAAAGCAUGUUUCAAUUGCCUAUCGAAGUUGACCUCCAGUAUUGCUAUUCAUUACUGUUAAGUGAUUGUCUUGUGCUCUGUGUGUACAAUACGUGAGGUUUACAAGGAUUUGUCUAUAUGGAGUAUGUUGAAUAAAAGACAGUAGACAUUUUA